ACGCUGAGGAGCCUUCAGCCCGAAUCACCAGAAGAAGGGAGGUCAGAGUUCAUCGCCGCUAGUGUGUGGCUAGCAUUCUGCGCUCGUUCUUUCAAAAUGGCAAAACAUCACCCUGACUUGAUUUUUUGCAGGAAACAGGCUGGAGUUGCCAUUGGAAGACUAUGUGAAAAAUGUGAUGGCAAAUGCGUUAUCUGUGACUCUUAUGUCAGGCCUUGUACACUAGUUCGUAUUUGUGAUGAAUGCAACUAUGGCUCUUACCAAGGGCGCUGUGUUAUUUGUGGAGGUCCUGGAGUAUCUGAUGCAUACUACUGCAAAGAGUGCACCAUCCAGGAGAAAGAUAGGGAUGGCUGCCCCAAGAUCGUGAACCUCGGCAGCUCGAAGACUGACCUUUUCUAUGAAAGAAAGAAAUACGGCUUCAAGAAGAGGUGAAGAAACAGAGGGAUGUUUUUGUCACUAUUUUUUCCAUGCAAGAGUUUUCCAUUUUGUUAAUCAGACUUGCUGUUACAAUAAAUUUUUUUAAUUUGUGAUGAA